GACAACAUAUAAACAAUUAUUUGAAAGACAAUUGUAGGUAUAUUGCAUCCUUAAUUUUAGUAAGAGAACAUCGACUAGGAAGUGUAAUUAAUUUUAAUGUGAUAAAGCAGAAACAAAUAAAUUCUUCAAAUUUUCAAUUAUUCACCAAUCAUGAUAGUUGCAGCAAGUGGUUGGUUAUCUUGCCACGAACACAAUAAUGUUGUAUUUAAGACCGCUAAAAUAACUCAUGUUUGCUAAGUUUAUAGUAUAGGUUAUUGAAAAUUUCAAAGAUAUGGUGCGUCAACGUCGAUCUCAGACUAAUUCAGGAGGCAAUAAAACUGAUAAGGGAACUAACAGCAGCAGUAGUAAUGGUAGUAGUAUUUCUAAAAUUCAGUCUUCUGAACCGAAAGGUCUAUUAGAUUAUUGGAAACAGUUUAUAGUUAUAAUUGUACUUAGUAUAGCUGUAUGUUUUGGAUAUAUGGGAUAUUUAGAGACUAGAUUAAAUACGCCAUUUGAUUAUAAAAAGGUGGUUUCUAAGAGCGGUUUAGAUGUCCCUGAUUUAUUUUGGGGUAGCUACAGACCAGGAAAUUAUUUUGGGUUAAAAACGAGGGAUCCCAAUUCUCUUGUGACAGGUCUUAUAUGGUACUUUCCUCAAAGACUAGGUCCGGGAGGCGAUGGCAUAAGACACUGGUGUGAGCAAGGUGAUAAUUUGAAUAAAUAUGGUUGGUUACAACAUGAUGGCUCUAAUUUUGGUAUUCAAGAAAUUAUUGAUGGACCUUUUAAACUUGUAACAUCAUUUGUGAAACGACCAGGAGGUUUGUCUGGUGGUGAUUGGACAGCUAGAAUUGAGGUUGAUCAUGUGAAAAGUAAUACAAGUUUAAAAGAUGAAGAUGUUUCAUUGGUAUGGUACAUGGCAUUAGAUGAAGAAACAAAAGGUUUUCUUGAGUCUACCAAUUUUGAAACCAAAAUAACUGGAAUUAAAGGAAAAACUUCUACAUUAGGAGAAUUUAGAGUAAAAUUUGUCAAUACUUCAGGUAUUUUACAACAUGAGUCUUUUUUAAGUACUAGAACACCAGGCUUACAUGUUAUCAAAGAAACUGUGAUAUCUUCACUAAGACUUGCUCAAGAUGAUCCAAGUUCCCGAAGAAAAAUUGUCCUGGGUGGACAAUUACCAUCAUUUGCCGGACAUGAAAAGAGAGAACCGAACUUAGUAGCAAUACAAUUGACAGGAAGAGUUCCUUUUACAAUAGACGUUAUUUAUGAAUCUGGCUCUAGCGUACGAGAAAUUUUAGCUGGAGAUGCUUAUACAAAAAUUCUUCAGUUGCAUCAGAAUCAAUUUUCUGAAAAAUUUGAAGAUAUUUUCAAAUUGAAAAGGAAGGGGUAUACCCAAAAGGAAAUAAGUUUUGCUCAAGCAGCUUUAAGUAAUAUGAUUGGUGGAAUUGGAUAUUUCUAUGGAGCGUCACGUGUUCAAAGUAAUUAUAUUAAAGAGCCUGUUUACUACUGGAGAGCCCCAUUGUAUACAGCAGUUCCUUCAAGGAGUUUCUUUCCUCGAGGUUUUCUUUGGGAUGAAGGAUUUCAUGGAUUUCUAAUAUCCCAAUGGAAUCUGGACAUCGAAUUGGACAUAAUUAGUCAUUGGUUUGACCUUAUGAAUGCAGAAGGUUGGAUUCCUAGGGAACAAAUUCUGGGAGUGGAGGCGCUAGCUAAAGUACCAAGUGAGUUUGUGGUACAAAGAAAUACGAAUGCAAAUCCACCUACUUUCUUCUUAACACUGGAAACCAUAUUAGAUAGAUAUGAAUCUUUGUUAAUCGGAGAAAAGUAUAGUUUACUAGAACGACUCUAUCCCAGGCUGCAAGCUUGGUAUGCAUGGUUUAAUACCACACAGAAAGGUGAUGCUCCAGGAUCUUACAGAUGGCGUGGACGUGAUGCUUUAACUACAAGAGAAUUAAAUCCGAAAACUCUAACGUCGGGAUUAGAUGAUUAUCCCAGGGCAUCUCAUCCCACCGAUGAAGAAAGACAUAUUGAUCUUUAUUGUUGGAUGGCAAUUGCUUCAAAGACCAUGGCAAGAUUGGCCAAAAUUUUAGGAAGCGAUGGGUACAAAUAUGAACAGACCUCAGCCUAUUUAUUGAACAACAAGUUGAUGGACACUUUACAUUGGUCUGAAUAUGCCCAAAUUUAUGCCGAUUAUGGUCUUCACACAGAUGCUGUCCGAUUAGAGAGACCAAAACCAUUGCCAAGAUCACAAAAUCAAAAUCUAGAGCUGCAAAGAGUUGUAACUAAAAAACCAGAAUAUCGCUUAGUAGAUUCAACAUUUGGUUAUGUAAGCUUAUUCCCAUUCUUGUUACAAGUUUUAGAUGCAGAUUCGCCGAAGCUAGAAAAAACUUUACAGAAUCUACACAACCCCGAUUUAUUAUGGACUCCAUAUGGUCUAAGGUCUUUAUCUAAAAAUGCUCCCCUAUAUAUGAAGAGAAAUACCGAGCAUGAUCCUCCAUAUUGGAGAGGUCAAAUUUGGGUUAAUAUCAACUACUUAGCCACAAGAGCUUUGUAUCACUAUUCAAAGGUCAACGGCCCGUAUCAGGCUUUGGCUAAGGAAAUUUAUGUAGAAUUGAGGAAUAAUCUGAUUGAAAAUAUAAUGCGACAGUAUUUCAGAAGUGGAUAUAUUUGGGAACAAUAUAAUGAUAAGACUGGAGAAGGUAGCGGUGCGAGGCCCUUUACUGGCUGGAGUGCUCUAAUUGUUAUAUUGAUGGGAGAAAAUUAUUAAUUAACUAUGGAAAACGGUUUUUAACAAGCUCCAUUAUUGACAAAGGUUAUACAUUUUUGAAUCAUUUCAAUAAUGUCAUAUGCAGAGUGAUUAAAAGGAAUAAGGGGCUCAUAAUAAUAAUGUGUUAAUCAACUAUCACAAUAAAAUCGUGCAAUAAAAAGAAAAA